AUGUGGGACUGGUGGACUUCAGUAUCAUACGGCAAAUACUACCGAACUUGGAACAUCGUGGUGUACGACUGGCUCUACACUUACAUCUACAGAGACUUGUACGAAAAAUUGUUUCCAGGAAACAAGUUAAUAGCGACAUUUUCCGUGUUUUUCACAUCGGCAGUCAUCCAUGAGUAUAUACUAGCAUGUGUGUUCCGAUUUUUCUACCCAGUAAUGUUUGUAUUUUUCGGAGGCUUCGGAUUCGUUCUUGUCUUGAUAACAAAAAAAGAGUCGAGCGAAAUCGGCAACAUUUUUCUGUGGUUCUCUUUGAUAACCGGCUCCGGUAUGAUGGUCAGUUUCUACACCAUGGAAUAUUUUGCUCGGCUUAAUUGUCCAGGAUUAAAAGACGAACUUUUAGAUUUCUUCGUGCCACGAAGUUGGCUUUGCUAUGACCAAUUUUCCGGCGACGGUGAAAAUCAUCUAGUUUUGUACAUAAGUUCUUUGUCUUUUUUGACUGUAUUUACAUUGUUGUAUAAAAAAUUCGUUUAA